GAUGCGCACACACUCCGGGUGCCCUGCACUAAGGAACGGGAUGGCGCUGAUACCCCGCAGUACUGAGCCCGGGCAAUAGGAGAAGCGCUUGUUAUUGGAUGUAGCGCUGGAUAACCUGGGACUUGUUUUGGAUUUCGGAUCUUUAAGGACAUUCUGGAGCUGAACUACCAUGGGGAUCCCCUGUUUCUACUCGAGCCUCAUCUCCUGCCUCUUCUCCAUCAUCACCUUGGUCGAUGUAGGACAAAGCUCGGCUCUCACUUUAUCGGACAGCAGACUACACCCGCAGUCUCUGGAGAAGAGUCCAUGGAGAGAAUUCCAGUGUCAACACAUGCUGAAACAUCUGCACAACGGUGCUCGGGUCACAGUACAAAUGCCUCCAAACAUCGAGGGUCACUGGGUCUCUAUGGGGUGUGAAGUUCGAUCUGGCCCGGAAUUUAUCACAAGAUCCUACCGGUUUUACAACAAUAAUACAUUCAAAGCCUAUCAGCAUUACUAUGGAAACAAUCACUGUACAAUCCCCACGUACACUUUGGUAAUCCGUGGCAAGAUUCGUCUCAGGCAAGCUUCUUGGAUCAUCCGAGGUGGCACAGAGGCCGACUACCAAUUGCACAAUGUGCAGAUCAUUCCUCACAGUGAAACGGUGGCUGAAAAACUCACCUGGCUGGUGAACCACACGUGUGCCGGUUUUGUUCCAGGAGAUAUGCCUUGGGAGCCUGGCAUCAGUUAUGAUUUAUGGAGAGAGGAAGGUGGCUUUAAAUGUACAAAAGCCCUAAACUUUGCCAUGCAUGAGCUACAGCUGAUCCGAGUAGAAAAGCAAUAUAUGCAUCACAAUUUAGACCAUUUAGUGGAGGAACUUUUUCUCGGAGACAUCCACACAGAUCCCUCCCAGAGGAUGUACUACCGACCAUCCAGUUACCAACCGCCUCUACAAAAUGCCAAGAACCACAAUCAAAAUUGCGUUGCCUGCAGAAUCAUCUUACGUUCUGAUGAGCACCACCCACCAAUACUGCCUGCCAAAGCAGAUCUCCCUGUUGGGCUGAAUGGGGAAUGGGUGAGCCAGAGGUGUGAAGUUCGACCAGAGGUUCUGUUCCUCACCAGGCAUUUCAUUUUCAAUGAUAACAACCAUACUUGGGAAGGUUUCUACUAUCACUACUCGGAUCCAAUCUGCAAGCACCCUUCCUUCACUAUCUAUGCAAAAGGCCGAUACAGCAGAGGAGUGUACUCUUCCAAAGUCAUGGGAGGGACAGAAUUUGUGUUCAAAGUCAAUCAUAUGAAAGUGACCCCUAUGGAUUUCGCCACAGCUUCCCUUCUGAACGUCUUCAAUGGGGACGAAUGUGGGGCCGAAGGAUCCUGGAAAGUUGGCGUGGAGCAAGAUGUCACUCACACCAACGGCUGCGUGGCACUGGGAAUCAAACUCCCUCACACCGAGUAUGAACUUUUCAGGAUGGAACAAGAUAAUCGAGGAAGGUAUUUGCUUUAUAAUGGCCAAAGACCAAGUGAUGGCUCCAGCCCAGCCAGACCUGAAAAGAGAGCAACCUCUUACCAAGUGCCUCUAGUUCAAUGUACUUCCGUGUCUCUAAAUCCAGAGGGAGCCCACGAUGGACAACACAAGUCCCAGAGUAGAAAUUCUGCAGCUGGACACAUUUUCCUUUAUUUGUUUUCCAAUCUCUUUCUCUUGUUUAUUUGUACUUUGCUACAUUUGGAAAUUCUAAGCUAAAAAUAUAGAGACUUUCAACUGUUAAAUAUGGAUAAAGUUGGACCAAGGAUUAUUUUCUUCUUUGAAGAAAAGGACAUUUGUUUACUUGAUGCACUUGGAUUCCUGAGAACUAUUACCCUCAUUGUCAUUCCAUUCCCUUGUUUCCUCCUCCACCUCUUCCCCCUGGUCGUCUUUUAAAGCAACGGCCAAUUUUCUUUGAAGUUUGGUCUUUGAACUUCACCCAGGCUGACCGGGCCUGCAUGAGACUGCACAACAGUAAUUGCACUUUAGGACAGACGAGUUCCUUUUAAUAUAUUGCUGGAGCGAGAAGUCAUUUACACACCGAUGAAGCCUGUUCAUUGUCUGUGCCUCGUUGCUGUUGUGGAUUAUGUUCUAAAAUGUUCCCCAAACAGUGUUGCUGAAAAUACUAGAAUAUAUUUUGUACAAUAUUGCAGUAUUUGAAAUGUUGCCGGAGAGGGCCCGGGAAUACUCUUCAGAAAGCAAAUGCGUUGAUGUAAAAGCUGUAAAUAAUCUUUGUAAUAUAUAAUGUUUUGUCAGAUGCAUUGAUUUAUCAUUACCUUAUAACUUUAGGCCAAAGAGAUUUUGAAUACUGGAUAUAAAAACAUUUAAGUGCAUUGGAAAUGUCGCAUUAAUCCAGAGGUGCAAAACUGGUUGUUUGGACCAAAAAAUAAAUCACUAAA